CAAUUUUAACUAUGUGAUUUUGGAUUUUGGAUUUUGGAUUAUGCAUUCCUAAUUUUGACAGAUGUAAAAUAAAGUAAGUAAGUGGUCAAAAUAUUUUUUUUUGGUCACAAUAUAUAAAGAUACACAUUAAUUUACACACACGUGUGUAAUGGAAUUUUGAUUGGUAUAAGUAAAUAAUAAACCUCACUUUACAUAGAAUCUUUCUGCAAAACAAGAUUCCAUUGAAGAAAGAAAAAGAAGAAAGAAAGAUGCUGAAAGCGGUGUUCAGCCGUCAGAAGCAGUCGCAGUCACAAGGGUUCAAGGAGUACUACUCGGAGUGGUUCACCGCCCUGAAGAACAACCUCCUCCCACUCCUCCGCCGCUCCAUCUCCGGCGACUCCCCCACCAUCCUCUCCACCCACGUCGAAAUGCUCCACCAACACUUCCAAUCCUACUACCACGCCCUCGACGCCGCCAUCACCUCCGACCCCACCCAACUCCUCUCCCAACCCUGGCGCCACCCCCUCGAAAUCCCCCUCCUCUGGCUCGGCGACCUCCACCCCUCCAUCUUCACCAACCUCGCCCGCUCCUUCCUCCACCAGCAACAAGAUCAAGAAGACGACGACGACGACGAUCAAGAUCAACACCACCACCACCACCACGACGAUGACAACCACUCCCUCGCCGACCAAAUCGACCGCGUUUCAUCAUCCUCCUCCUCCCUCAACCUCCACCGCCCCUGGCAGGUUGCCCUCGCAUGGCGCAACCCUCCCGAGUCUCUCCUCCUCCGCAUGGACGAGAUCGAGUGCGGCCUGCGCGUCAUUGUCCCCACACUCUCCGACCGCCUCGCGCGCGCCGAGGCUGGGUUUGUUCACCGCGUCGUCGGCGACUGGUUCCAGUGCAGGGAGAGCAAGGGCGCUGCUAAGGUGGCUGUGGGUGAAGACGUGAGGGCUCACAUGGAUGAGGUGGUGAGCGUGUUUCUCUGCGCCAACCGCGUCCGGCGGAGCGUUCUGGUGGAUAUCAUCAGCGCCGCGACGGUGUACCAGGCGGCGUUGUUUCUUGAAGGGCUGGCCCAGUUCCUUAUUGGGUUCAAGGAUCAUGACUUGCUCACUUCGGCCCAACACUAGAUUUUUUUGGUUCAAGGCCCAAUACUAGCUAGUUGAACAAAUGUGUAUGCAAAAAAAAAUUGUAGAUGUUUUGUUUUUCUAUUUUGCUUCAGGCAUAUACUACUACAUGUGUCAUGGUUGAAUUGAAUUGUUGAUAACACAGUCUGUGUUUAGGUUUGUACCUAUAUCUUGUUUUCUGAGUAGAAUUGAUACCUGAGUUUUCUGAUCACAA